CAAAAGCUUACUCUUUGCCCAUCAAAUCUCGAAGACAGAGAGAGAGCUUUUUUUGCAUUCUGACAAAAAACUGUUUACUUUUCCCGACACAGUAAACGACGAACUCUUCACAUUCCCCAAGACACAUCUCUUUGAGAUUCACAACUACUCUUCUUCCUUCCUUCCUUCCCCCAAAAGAUGCUUCUGUUUUACAACCAUGGCGUGUCUUACUCCCGGAGUUCUCUCCAACCUUCUCAACCUCGCCGCCGGUAACUCACUUUCUUCGCCGCUGUUACUCUCCUCACACCGCUCACCACUCCUCCAAGUCAUAGAAAUCGUCCCCUGUCUCUCUGACGACCAAUGGCGUAGCGAAGCAUUCUUCGUCAAAGUCUCUGACUCUCUCCACGCCGCUUACGUCGCCGUUUCCGCCGGAGACGACGCUGAUCUCAUACGCUCCGAUGAAAUCCAGCUAGGGCAGUUUGUUUACAUCCUCGGUGGUUUACACAUUGAGAAAGGAUGCCCUGUUCCUGUAAUCCGUGGAUUGAAACCAGUCCCUAAGCGGAGGCUCUGCGUUGGAAACCCUAGUGAUCUUUUUUCUAGCGAUUUGCUUCUUCCUUUUACCGAGGCCUCUGUUUCGCCCACGACGACGAAGACGAAGAAGAAGAAUCUUGUUGAGAUGAGGAGGAUGAGUCUGGAUUCCGCGAGAAGGAGUUGUUGGGAUCAGCCUCCUCCUCCUGUGACUCACCGUCGUGACGCCACUUUGCUUCUUUCUUCCCCACGUCUCAAACCUAAACUGAUCUUGCCUGAAAAGAAUCUGCCAAAGAAUGAGUCCCCAUCAAAGCACGUUAACUGUGACACCCCUGCUUUAAGAAACAGGAAUGUGUCCAAGCCUGUAUCACCUAUAUCCAUGGCCAUAUCUUCAAAAGAUGGUAUCAAGUCACCUAUAUUAAAUCACCUUACCUGCGAAACACCUGCUUUAAGAUAUAGAAAUGUUGUCAAGCCUGCGUCACCUAUAUCCAUGACCAUAUCUCCAAAAGAUGGCAUCAAGUCGUUGUCAAAGGCAGUGGCUCCUUCAGUUGAGCUUUUUAAGCUGCCUUCAAGUCACAGGAAUUGGUAUGAUCAGAGAAUCUUAUGGAGUAUACUCCCAAAAGCCAUUCAAUUGCUUGGAAAGGAAGUCUCAUCACAUAGGCAAGUAGCAGUUUCGGGAGCAGUAAGCGCAUUGGAGGAAGCAUCUGCCAUGGAGUCUGUUCUACUCAGUUUACAGACCUUUGCUGAGCUGUGUGAUUCUUCUAAGAAAUUAUCUGCGGGACAAGUAGUACGUCGGUUUUUGGAGAUUUACCAUAGUACACAGAAUACAGGCAGAGCGGUCCAUCUGUUGCUUACUCAAAAUCGAAACAACGGCUCAUGUAUACUAGCAGCUAACAAAAAUGCAGCAUCUUGGGUUCAAGCUGCGGUAGUGACCGGUUUGUCUCAAUUCAACUUAUGUAAAGAGUCUGGAAAGCAAGAGGAUGCUGCUGAUCAUCAUCAUUACAUUGUUAUACAAAAUUCAUCUGAAAAACUGAAUCCCAAGGAGAAGUUAAGUCCAAGAAACACAGCUUACAAGGGCGUAAAACCUCCUCCUGCGACGAAACAUCUUUCUGUUUCUGACCAAAGUAGCUUAGAUGGUAAAAGCAGGUUGAAGGAGUCAGCAAGUCUAGCGGAGGAGCUUGUCCGAGUUUUGAGCCAAUGGUUCUUGAAAUACUUGGAGAACUCACUGAACAAAGGGACUUUCUCGGUGAAGAAAGAAGAAACAAAUGGAAAAGACUCUCUUCUCGUCCACCUAAAAGCAGUAAACCAUUGGCUCGAUGAUCUGAUCUUAAACAGAACAGAAACCAACGAGAAAGUCGAAGAUUUAAGAAAGAAGCUGCAACGGUUUCUACUUGAGCAUAUUGAAUUUGCCAUCGGGGAAACUCGGUAACAAAAUCGUAAUUCAGUAAACCAAUGACUCUUUGGAUUGAUUAUAUGAACAAAAAAAUCUUACAAGCUUCUAAAUAUUGAAUGAGAAAAAAACAC